AAAGAUCCACUCAGCAGGAGAUUUCUUGGGAUAUUACUAAACCACCCGUUUCUGUGACUGCCUGCAAGAGAUGACGGCCGCGUGAGCAUCCACUAUGGCCCACCGGAAGUGCCAGAGCACCGCCAGCAGCAUGUUGGACCACAAGGCCAGGCCUGGCCCUGCUGUUCCCCACGGCCAGGAGCCUGAGGUGGAGGAUGCUGAGCUACCCCUGGAGGGCUAUGAGCCCAAGAGCCUGGAGGUGGCUGCCCUGCAGCCCGAGGAGCAGGAAUGCCACAGCCACAGUCCCGACGGAGACUCCAGUUCCGACUAUGUGAACAACACCUCAGAGGAGGAGGACUAUGAUGAGGGCCUCCCAGAAGAGGAGGAGGGUGUCACCUACUACAUCCGCUACUGCCCUGAGGAUGACAGUUACCUGGAGGGUAUGGACUGCGCUGGGGAGGAGUACCUGGCCCACGGUGCCCCGCCUGUGGACACAGAUGAGUGCCAAGAGGCGGUGGAGGAGUGGACGGACUCGGCCGGCCCACAUGUCCUGGGCUCCGGGGCCGAAGACAGCCAGGGCUACCCCGAGGGCCACCUGUCCGUCCCCGAGGAUGAGCCCUCGGUCCUGGAUGCCCACCACCAGGAGGACAGCGGCCACUUCUGUCCCAGCCAAGAGGGCUACCAGGACUACUACCCUGCAGAGGCCAAUGGCAAUGCGGGCGUCGGCGCCUCCCCGUACCGUGGCCUGCGGCGUGCGGAUGGCGACCUGGAGGACCAGGAGGAGGACAUCGACCAGAUUGUGGCUGAGAUCAAGAUGAGCCUGAGCAUGACCAGCAUUGCCAGCGCCGGGGAGGCCAGCCCUGAGCACGUGCCCGAGCCGGGGCCUGGGGACUCCACAGAUGCCUGUCUGCCCAGCGAGGCCGGCCGCGGCCCCAACAGGCACGAGGCAAGGCCCAAGUCGCUGAAUCUGCCUCCUGAGGCCAAGCACCCCGGAGACCCCCAGAGAGGCUUCAAGAACAAAAGCAGGACCCCUGAGGAGAGGCCGAAGUGGCCCCAAGAACAGGUAUGCAACGGUUUAGAGCAGCCACGGAAGCAACAGCGCUCCGAUCUCAAUGGACCUGUUGAUAAUAACAACAUCCCGGAGACCAAGAAGGUGGCGUCGUUUCCGAGUUUUGUGGCUGUUCCAGGGCCCUGCGAGCCUGAAGACCUCAUCGAUGGGAUCAUCUUUGCUGCCAACUACCUGGGGUCAACGCAGCUGCUGUCCGAGAGGAACCCCUCCAAGAACAUCAGGAUGAUGCAAGCACAGGAGGCUGUCAGCCGGGUCAAGAGGAUGCAGAAGGCUGCUAAGAUCAAGAAGAAAGCGAAUUCCGAGGGUGACGCGCAGACGCUGACGGAAGUCGACCUGUUCAUCUCCACCCAGAGGAUCAAGGUUCUGAACGCCGACACACAGGAAACCAUGAUGGACCACGCCUUGCGCACCAUCUCCUACAUCGCCGACAUCGGCAACAUCGUGGUGCUCAUGGCCAGGCGCCGCAUGCCCCGCUCGGCUUCCCAGGACUGCGUGGAGACCACCCCCGGGGCCCAGGAGGGGAAGAAGCAGUACAAGAUGAUCUGCCACGUGUUCGAGUCGGAGGACGCCCAGCUGAUCGCCCAGUCCAUCGGCCAGGCCUUCAGCGUGGCCUACCAGGAGUUCCUCCGGGCCAAUGGCAUCAACCCCGAGGACCUGAGCCAAAAGGAGUACAGUGACAUCAUCAACACCCAAGAGAUGUACAACGACGAUCUCAUCCACUUCUCCAACUCAGAGAACUGCAAGGAGCUGCAACUGGAGAAGCACAAAGGUGAGAUCCUGGGCGUGGUGGUCGUCGAGUCAGGCUGGGGCUCCAUCCUGCCCACGGUGAUCCUAGCCAACAUGAUGAAUGGUGGCCCAGCUGCCCGCUCUGGCAAGCUGAGCAUCGGAGACCAGAUCAUGUCCAUCAAUGGCACCAGCCUGGUGGGGCUGCCUCUGGCCACCUGCCAGGGCAUCAUCAAGGGCCUGAAGAACCAGAUGCAGGUGAAGCUCAAUAUCGUCAGCUGCCCACCGGUGACCACGGUCCUCAUCAAGCGGCCGGACCUCAAGUACCAGCUGGGCUUCAGCGUGCAGAAUGGCAUUAUCUGCAGCCUCAUGCGAGGGGGCAUCGCAGAGCGAGGCGGCGUCCGAGUGGGCCACCGCAUCAUCGAGAUCAAUGGGCAGAGCGUGGUGGCUACGGCCCACGAGAAGAUCGUGCAAGCUCUGUCCAACUCAGUGGGAGAGAUCCACAUGAAGACCAUGCCUGCUGCCAUGUUCAGGCUCCUUACGGGCCAGGAGACCCCGCUGUACAUCUAGGCCCACCAGCCUGUGGCACUGCACAGCCGGGACACCUGGGACCAGGGGAGUCCACAGCCUCCCCGUCCCCACUCCCCGACCUGGGGCAAAGCAGGACCUGAACCCCCGAGUCCCCAGCCUGGCCAAGGACACAGACUCCCCCGAAGGGCAUGCCCUCACCAUCCACCUUUCUCCUGUCCUGCCAAAAGGGGUAUGUCUUGAUCUUCGGAGAAGGAAGAAACCUUGGUAAAACUUCCCCGUGUUGCGCCACGUUCUGAACCUUUUGCUUGUUGU